AAAUCAAGAAGGUACAAAAAAAAAAUCAUGAAACCGGCCGGAAUUCUUACCAACGUGUUCCUCGUCCUCGGUGCCCUGACAAUUGCCGGGGCAGCCUCUCUACCAUUCCGCAGAACUUCAAUCUUCAGGGAUAACGAGACCCCUCGGCGCCAAUACGAGGAGUUGAUAGCCAGUCGACAGAUCCGCAGCAAUUUCGAUUUCGCAGCUGACGAUGAAAUUAAAACUUCUUCUUCGUCAGUGGAACCUGCUGGAACGUUACAAUUCCACAUUAAACCACCUUCCCAGAUGACUGUAGCCAUGAACGAUCGUUUGGAAUUGAUUUGCGAUGUUUCCGGCUCACCACCUCCGGCUGUCUACUGGUUGAAGAACGGCAUGCCCAUCCCUGAGUCUCCUUUCGACAGAGAAGAAGUUGAGGAAUCGACAAACAAAAUCCUUGAAAGUGAAUCGUUGCUGCCAACAAGAGGUUUGGCUUCGACAAAGUCGCGUUUAGUGAUCGACUGUGUUGAUGGAGAAGCCGAAGCCAUUUACACUUGUGUGGCUCAAUCCAUCAAAGAGAAAAUCGUGUCCAGCACUUACGUUCACAUAGAAGGUGAAGUCGCUUAUAACGAGACGACGUGCAUGCUCAGGCAUGAAACAUAUUCGCUACCUGCUACCGUCUUCAUGUGGUCUGGAACUUACAUCGACAUGGAAGGCAAGAGUGCGCUCUUGUUGUGUCGCGCAGCGGGCAAUCCAACUCCAAAAGUCUCGUGGUACAUGGAAGACGAAGACCAACCCAUCACCACUGGACUCCAAUACCAGGUGUUACCUAGCGGCGAUUUGAAAAUUCGCCACCUUCGCUGGAGUGAACAUAUGGGUCUAUUCAAAUGCCGGGCAGAAAAUGAAUUUGGCAUGGACCAAUCGACCACCUUUGUUUACCCAGUCGUGCAGGAGAGUUAAAUGAAUGUUUGGGAUCUAGUACGCGACGCAGGCGAAAGAAAUGAAUCCUUCGCGUGCUUCUUGGGCCCUUUUUUGGUUUUAAAAGUUCUCCAUAUCGGAAAUUUAAAUCAACCUUUGUUUCCGACUCGCAGCCCGCCUUCAAGUAGGACUAACGGACAUUUUUUUCGGUUACCAGUUUCAGUUGUAAAAACACUCUUGUCGCAGAUACAUCGCAAAACAUGUACAACAUCCUCGUUUUACUGUACAUUCCCAUCUUUUUCUGUUCAAGACUCUUCAUCUGAACUCUCGUAACUUAUUUAUUUCACACGUUCCCCACUCCACCUCCCCUCAUUCAGACGGAUUUAAUACUUUGAUUUACGUUAGCUUUUAUGUUUCUCAUAUUAUCGUUCUAAACUUAAAUAUGUAACUUGAUGUUAACUUUGAAAUUACAGAUAUAUAUGACAUAUA